CCUGUGACGUAAAGCGCUCAUCACCAAUGGCAGCUUGGGGGGCGGCGGCAGAAAGCGAGACCCACUCCGCAGCCCCCCGCGCGUCAAAACACAACACCCGCGUGCGUAACGCAUGCGCAGUAGAAGGGCGCCGGCACCGAGGGCGGGGCCUAAGAACUCUCGGCCGAGCCCCGGCCCUUCCCCCAUCGUCGCCUCCACUCCCCGAAGGGGAGCUCGGAGAUCCUUCCAGGCACAAAUCAUUACUAUCACCGUCAUUCUUGUGAUCACCAGUUUCUGGGGGUUACAGGCCCACUACUUAAUUUUCGUAUUUAACUUACCCGAAAAACACGAUAACCAGCUUGGUUUCAUUUAAACCUCACCAAACUCUGCGAAAAGUUACUAAAAUUACCUCUAGUUGUAAACAUAAAGGAACUGAGUUAUAUGGAGGUGAAGUGACCGCCUCGGGUUGCACAGCUAGGAAAUAACACUGGAAUUCGAAUGGAAUCCAAAGCCAGAGCCCAACCAGUGUCCUACGCAGUCUUCAUAAAUCUACUCCAGUCUAAGGAUAAACAGGGAUUGCCUAAAAAAACAGGACCUUGAAAUCUUCCCAAAACUGGUAACGUUUUUUUCUCAAAAGAACACUUUUCCCCUUCCCCGUAUCUGGAUUAAAACGCUCUUUAGGUGAUACCUGAGAUGUAUAGACACAACGCCUGAGCCUAAAGCGGCCCAUUGCUCCACUCUAUCCACAGGCCUCAGAUGGGAGUGUCCCAAACAUUCUCAAGCUAAACUUGGUACAACGGCCCAGGUACAAAAUGCUGUCUUUGGCUUAAUAUCUGAUAAUGUAGCACAUAACAUACGCUCAAAAAGACACUUGUUGAUCGGCACGUACAUUAUGCCAGGCCCGCAGAUCACGUGAGCCUGUCCCCAGCUCCGGGCGGAAGAGGCCGGCCCGGCUGAAGGGAAACGCUCCUGGAGGCGAGGGGCGGGCGCUGAUGCCCGGCUGCAAGAUGGCCGCCACCGCUCGGCAGCCGCCGCCCGGGAGGUUACUCUAAGGCCCGCAGUUUCCCUCCGUUCCCGCUGAACGCCGCAGCCAACUUACCAUGAAGCCAGUGAGUCGCCGCACCCUGGACUGGAUUUAUUCAGUGUUGCUUCUCGCGAUCGUAUUGCUCUCCUGGGGAUAUGUCAUCUAUGCAUCAACAGUAGUCGCACGACGACAGCUAAGCAAGAAAUACCCAGACAAAAUCUUGGGGAUGAAUGAGAAUUUGUAAUUCUUCUGGAUUUAAUUCUGUGCAUAUAGUUCUUUACCUCAUGCUUAUAUGACACGUGUGUAUAUUUAAAGUAAAAUCCAUUAUGCAGA